AUGCCACUCGUCGAUCGCGACUGGAAGGAGAAGUUGCUGCCUUCGUUUCAAGCGUAUCGGCAAGGGUUUGGUAACUGCAUUAUUCCAAUGGCCUUCACAGUGCCAUCUUAUCCUCCAUGGCCCCAGAAGGCCUGGACAAUGCCCCUCGGAAAAGUUGUCGAUGAAAUGCGCCGAGGGAAGUGCUAUGUUGAACACGCGGCUCGAGACAAGGCCGUACUUGACGCCAUCGGUUUUGCGUGGAACCGUAACGACGCAGUGUGGGAUGAGAUCAUUGUGCCAGCUCUUCAAGUGUACGUCGACAUUUACACAAAUGGCAAGAUCUCGAGAAACUUCGUUGUGCCGUCUGAAGACCCGUGGCCUCAUAAAGCACGAGUGAAGAAGCGGGCUGACGCUCUAUAA